CUCCACGUGCGAUUAAACGUCAAAAUAAUCAUUUGUCAAAUUAUUGAUAUUAUUUUUUCAGAAAAAUUUCCAAAUCAAUUGAAAUUAAUUUUAUUAUUUUAUUAAAUUAAAAUGGAGCUCAAAGAGAAAACAAAUCAAGAAUCAGAAGACGAAUCCCAUCAAGAACCAGCAACCAAACGAAAACGUUCAAAUCCUUUUAAUAAAAACCUCAAAGAGGAAAAAGAAAAACGUCGUCAAAAACGAGCAAGAAUUAUAAUUCGCAAUAUUUCCUACAAAGCCACUGACAAAUCUUUAAGAGAACACUUUGAAAAAUUCGGAACAAUUCAAGAUUUGAAUCUGCUAAAACGUCCCGAUGGAAAACUUGUUGGUUGUGCUUUUAUUCAAUAUGAAACAAUCAAUCAAGCGGCUAAAGCUAUUUUGAAAACUUCGAAUAAAGACUUUCUUGGACGACCUGUUUUUGUUGAUUGGGCAUUGGGUAAAGAUGAAUACACAAAGAAAAAGGGUCAAGAUAACGAGACGACAAAACCAAAAGAAGAACCUAAAGAAGAGCCCAAAGAUGAAAUUAAGUCAGAAGAUGAAGAUGAAGACGAAGAAAUGAAUGAGGAUGAAGAUAAGAAAGAAUCUUCUGUUAAAUCUGAAUCUGAUUCAGAUGAAAAAGACUCUGAUGAUGAUGAUGAUGACGAUGACGAAGAAGAAGAAGAUGACAACGAAGAUGAAGACGACGAAGAAGAUGAUAAAGACAAAAAAGAUAUAAAAAGCGAUAUAAAAGUAGAGAAACAUCUUUCCCACGAUGUCAAAGAAGGCUGCACUGUCUUCAUUAAAAACGUUCCAUUCGACGCUGAAGACAAUGAUUUGCGCAAAGUUUGUCGCAAGUUUGGUCCCGUUUAUUAUUCCAUAAUAAACAGAGACCCAGUCUCAGGUCAUUCCAAAGGAACUGCUUUUGUAAAAUUCAAAACAAAAGAGUCGGCUGAUCUUUGUCUGGCUUCGGGGACAGAAUUUGUUUUGAAUGACACUCCUUUGGAUCCAUUCCCGGCUUUAAGUCGAGAAGAAGUUCGUAAACAAGCCGACCAAAAGAAUGCCAAAGACGAUCAUAAAGAUUCACGAAACCUUUUCUUAGCUAGGGAAGGUCUCAUUAUGACGGGUUCCAAAGCGGCAGAGGGUGUAUCACAGUCGGACAUGAAUAAACGGCAUAAACUGGAACAAAUUAAGAAUCAGGUGUUGAAGAAUCUUAAUAGGUUCGUUUCUCGAAAUCGUCUCUCCAUUCAUAAUCUGCCUCAGUCGUUUGACAAUGAAAAACUUCGGAACAUGGUCAUUACUUAUACUGGAUUCAAGCCUCACGAAUGUCGGGUUAUGCGGGAAAAUAAGAUCACCCCAGAGCAUCCAAAAGGAAAGUCUAAAGAAUUUGGUUUUAUGUCCUUCACGACGCACAAAGAAGCUCUACAAGCUCUCCGGAAAUUAAACAAUAAUCCCAAGAUCUUUGGAGAUACUCAUCGUCCAAUUGUUGCAUUCAGUAUAGAAGAUCGUGCCGUGCAUAAAAUCAAAGAAAAACGAAAGGAGAAAUCAAGGGUCAAUAAUCCAACUUACAAAGAUAAACUCGAGAAACGUAAAGAGGCGAGAAGAAAUAAAUUAAAUAAAAAAGCAAAGGACGCGAUUCCACAAGAAGACAAUAAGAAAAAAAUGCAAAAGCACAUCAAGAAGCUGGAGGAAUCACGAGCGGCGGCGAUAAAUAAAAAGACCAAACCAGUGACGAUAAUGGAAGAUUUUGUUGGAUUCGAAGGUAAACCUGGAGCGGCGGUUGGUAUGAGAUCCCAAAAAAAGAUCAAUGAACAGGCUCAGGAACAUAAGAAAAAGGUUGGCGAAAAGAAACGCAAAGAAAAGGCAAAGAAACAAAAGCUACUGCAUCGCAUUGAAAAGAAACAAAUCGAUAGGACAAAGCAGAAAAAGAAAGUUAGCAAUCAUGAUGAUUUGUCAAAUCUGGUCAAUAAGUAUAAGAAUUUGAUUGAUGCUAGAGCAAAUGAUGCUGCGCCAAUGGGAAAGAAAAAGAGCAAGAGGACGAAAUGGUUUAAGGAGUAAAUUUUUUUUUGUUUAUAUUAAGAAUUAAGUCAAAAGGAAAAUAUAUUUAUCUGAAUUAAGAU